AGUCGGGGUGUUGCUGUGGGAGCGUUCGGAACACAUUUAGUCAGUGUCUCUCGGUCAGUAUUUCGUGGUCAGACGUGAUUUUUUGCCCUUCCCAGAGACUUCACCCUGAACCCUUAGGCAUCUUCCCGGGUUUUCUUCUUGUAGCCAGAGAGCAGGGAGUGGCAAGUUCAUAUUUCGUGAAAAUUGCAAUUUCUUCACAUCUUCUGAUGGUUGACAGGUGCGGUUCAUUUGGGAAAUUGUGAUGAAAUCCAUGUGAAGUGUGUUUUGGCAACAGCAACAAAAAAAAACGGUGGGGGCCUUCAUGACAAGUGAGUGACUGGUGCUUUUCCCUCCGGAAGGGAAUACACAGCCAUCAGGUGGAUUAAUGUCAAAUGCAGAUGGUGGUACUUUCACCAGGUGUUGUGUUAAGCAGUGAUCCUAGUACAUUAGCAACAUGUGCAUCAGUUUAACCGCGAAAAAUUACUCCACAAACUAUUUGGAUUACAGACAUUGGUGUGUCCAUCGAGAUGAUAGCCUGAAAGAUUCAUGAGGGGCCGGAGCCCCCUGCAAAAAGCAACCCACCGUGCGUCGGGCAGCGUCUAAGGCUCCUCGUGCGCAAACCAAAGGCCCAGAAUGGAUGGGCGAGUGCUGCCGGUGCCCCCGCCCGAUCGGGCGCCGGGUGGCGGCCACUUGCAUGACAUCUACGACUACGUGUUCAUCGAGAACAGCAACCCAGGCUACAUGCUCCUCAAUGCCGAUACCAACAUCUUCUUCAACGAGUCCGCCCUCCUUGCAAAUUCCAGCCUUGCCAACGCAACGGGCGCGAUGGGCAACGGCACGCGGUCCAGGGAAGAGGUGGGUGACGUCAUUGUCAUGGCUGCCACUUCCAUUAUCCUUGGACUAAUGAUCCUCAUUACAGUAAUCGGAAACGUCUUCGUAAUUGCGGCAAUUAUCUUAGAGAGAAAUCUGCAAAAUGUCGCCAACUACCUUGUCGCCUCUCUAGCCGUUGCAGAUUUAUUUGUGGCAUGUCUUGUUAUGCCCCUGGGGGCUGUUUACGAGAUUAGCAAAGGAUGGAUUCUGGGCCCUGAGCUCUGUGAUAUUUGGACCUCGUGCGAUGUUUUAUGCUGUACUGCAUCGAUAUUGCACCUUGUUGCUAUUGCCACGGACAGGUAUUGGGCCGUUACAAAUGUCGACUACAUGCACUCAAGAACGGCCAAGAGGGUCUUCACGAUGAUCUUCCUUGUUUGGUUUGCAGCCGUUAUUGUAUCUCUGGCGCCCCAAUUUGGAUGGAAAGACCCAGAAUACUUGCAACGGAUAGAACAGCAAAAGUGCAUGGUUUCGCAGGAUGUGGCCUAUCAGGUUUUUGCAACAUGCUGCACCUUUUAUGUUCCUCUGUUAGUUAUUUUAGUGCUGUAUUGGAAAAUAUAUCAGACGGCCCGGAAGCGAAUUCACCGUCGAAGGCCUAGACCACCAAUCGCGGGGAACAAUAAUCAAGCUAUUGAGGCAAAGACAAAGUCGCGGAUGCCUUUUCGCCUCGCAAGAUUCACAACACAGGGACGGUCCACUCUUGGACUGGUGGAGGGUAAUUCCACCAACACGGUCAAUACCGUGGAGGACACUGAGUACAGCAGCAAUGAGAAGAAAGGCAUCGAAGUUACAUCGUUCAACAAUUCAGAUGAUUGUCCUGGGGCAUCUUCAGCCAAUCAAAUCACCACAGUGUCCCACUUUAUCGUCAACCAGGGAGAGAAUGGACAAAGUCAUCAGGUGAAAGUGACCUCAGCCCCUGCGGAAACACCCAGUGCCCCAGCUCCCACAACAGCCACCAUAACACCUUCCUCAGUGGCCAGUCAAAUAUCCACCCCAACCCUGCAACCACAUCAGGCACCCAGUCAAGUAUCGACGCCUAUUCAGCACUCUGCUUCAGCUUCUACCGUCAAUCCGCAUGCCCAGGUAUCCAAGAGGAAGGAAACUUUGGAGGCGAAACGUGAGAGAAAGGCUGCCAAAACGCUAGCCAUAAUCACAGGAGCGUUUGUAGUGUGUUGGCUACCAUUCUUCCUCAUGGCACUCCUCAUGCCACUCUGCGAAUCUUGCCAUAUCAACGACUCGGUGGCAGCACUCUUUCUCUGGCUUGGAUACUUCAACUCAACCCUCAAUCCAGUAAUAUAUACCAUCUUCAGCCCUGAGUUCCGGCAGGCCUUCAAGCGCAUUUUAUUCGGAGCCCACAGGAACUCUUACUAUCGACCCGGUAAGUUCUAACCAGGUGUCCUCCAGAACUGAGAUAGAGGCGGUAUAUAUGCCUAUUUGUGGUGUCUAACAUUCAUUGAAGGGAUUUCCCUAAUUACGAAGCGGAAAAAAAGUUGUUUUCAUUUUUUUUUUAAACAAAUAAAUGACCAAGCUUCUUGAAAUUUUGGGUAUGUUUCCAUAAAUUUAAUGCGCUAAUUUCUUUUUCUUUUUUUUUGAAAAAAAAGUGUAGUUCUUUUCUUCAGGAACUUUUAUUGUUUUAGGAUUCAAAAAGUUGCAUUUUUGUUUGGAAAAUUUUGACUUUUACAUUGUUUAAAAAAUGGUUUUAUAACAAAUAUUUUAGUCCUACGAAAAGAGAUUUUAAUUCUGAAAAGUACAAGCACUCGUUUUAUUCAAUCAAUAAUUUAUUUUGAUGUUUUUCCCGCCAAUUCGACAAAAUUAAAAAAAUGAGAAAUGGAUAAAAGACGAUUCAGUUUUCAAUAUUCGUCCAAGGGCUCGCAAAUCUUAUCCACGCUCCUUUGCUUUCGACUCUGUAACUUCGAAAAUACAUUGAAUUAGCUUCUAACAUUUUCUUGGAAAUUUAUCUAUCGAUUUAGAGAAGCAAUAAGAAAUAUCAAUUUCUUUUGGUCUUCUAAUUAGGGAAACCGCCUUAAGUCGCAAAUCGUGAAGUGUCAAUGCCAAUGAGAGCAGCAAAUUUUAUAAAGAAUUUUAAAUUUCCUUAUCAUAAAUUUGAUCUGAAUUAACAAACAUUUAAAUUAAGAAAUUCUGAAAACGACUACUGGCAGAUCGUUUAUUCCAUAUUGUUCUGUAUAAUAAAAUGAAAGAAAUGGAAUUUCUCGAAUUCCUAAGAUGUUUCUGCUGACUAAAAUAUUUUUAGAACUAAUUCAAUCUCAUCCAAAAUUCAUCUUAUUAAAUUCUCAAUUUAAUUAUUCUCAAUUUAAUUAUUCACAAUACUCCUAAAACAUUCCAUUUCUUCAGAAAUUUACAUUUCAAUUGGCUUUAAGUAAAAAUUCCAUUUAUAAGCAACUAAUUUAUUUUAUGUAUAACCUCCAAGUGCGACAUAUCAUUCUACAUAUUGUUUAGCGAAAUAAAUAUUUUGUAGUCUGCAUUCAAGGCUUCAAAACAAAACUUUAUUGAAAUUGAAGUUUUAACAAACAUAAUACCAAAUGAAUUAUAAGUUGACGUAGAAUUAAUAAGAAUCCCACGGCAUAAUUUUGAUUAUAGAAUCAUAUCAUUAUUUUUAUGGCACUAAUUUUUUUGUAUUGAUUUUAUAUAAAAAUUUAGUUUAAUAAUAGGCAAACGUUCUAAUUUUCCAAAACAUAAAUUUUACGUUUUCAAUUUCUCUGCAACAAAUCGCAAUUGAAAUUGCUUUUGGUUAUUAAAAAAAACGACUUUCAAACAGAAGGUUAUUUGUGAUCGGAGAAUUGGGAAAAGAAAUGAAUUAGUGCAAUAUAGAAGAUUUCUUGUUUCGUUUAGAUAACAGCCAGUUAUAUGCGCUGUGCAAGUUCUAAUAUUUUAUUCUUAUCAUUGAUCUUUAAGCUCUAUUUCUUGUCUCACUUAAAUUCUCGCCAUAUUUUAUUUGUUAUGUCCCCUUCAAAGCUCCUUUUUCCUGUUUGAACUUGCAGUGCCUUGAAUGACACGAUGGGAAGCCUUCAUAGUCACCCUUGCACUUCCUGGUCUAGCAGGAAAUUGAACAUUUCGGGAACUCAUUUGAUAUUGAAGAGUAAUUCUGAGAUAAUCGCAGAUUUAGUAAACUUACAAUUCAGUAAACCGUCUUUGAUUCAGCUCGUAUUCAAAGAAUAGAUGUUUCAGGCAUUCCCAAUUACAGAUAGUAUAAUCUUAAAAGAUUACUACUCGAAUAAUACACGGUAAUGAUCCGAAAUAGGUAUAUUUAUUCUUUUACGUGUAUCAUUCUUUCCUCAUAGCAUAUCCGAAAAUAAAUUAGAACUAAAGUGCCGUUAUCGCAAUAAACCGAAAAUCACGGUUUUGAAAGGGUUGCAGGGGGUGAGGGGAGGAAGAAAAAAACGUCUGGAGAUAAUGUUUUUUUACUGGGAGUUACCGAAGACCGGAAGUUAAUAUUUUUUACCACUUACCUCCAGAGCGGGGACAAGUUGGAAAAAAGUCGAUUAUAUAACUGCUCUCUCUUUGAGUUCGAACAGCAAAAAAGUUAAUUCUAUCUUUCUUUUUUCUCAGUGAAGGCAUUCCACAAAUAACACAUUCACAGCAUUUCAAUUUACAUUUACUACAUAUAAUCACAUUUACCUUCAAAAAAAAAUCUGAAUAAAACUAUGACUAAGUAUAUUAAAGCAAUUUUAAAUGAAUAAAAACUUUAUUAUCGCAAUAAAUAUGAUUUUUAUGAUACCCACCUUGAUAAAGGUUUAAGAAAAUUUCACGGAAAUUACACAGACUCUUUAGAAAAAUAGUUUGCUUGUCCAUUCCGUAGUAUUCCUUCCAAGGACACAACCUUCAAAGUAAGAUACUAUCAGCUGUUAAAUAUCUAGGAUUUGGAAAUUGUAUCUGAAAUAUGUUUUUUUUUUAUCAACAAUAAUAUUAAAAUAUAACAUUUUAUAGCGCAAUUAAAAAAUAUCUUAGCUCUUUUACACUUAUGUUUAUUCCCUGUCUUAGAAAGCAUAUUAUCGUUUGUUAAAACCUUAAUAUUUUGUGGGAUUUAUUUUUUUUAAAUACUUUAGUCAUGAAGAAUCCAUUAAACAGUCUACUGAAAUAUAACUAAAAUUUUUAUCUAGCUGUCUCACAAAACUGUUUUUUUAAUGAAUCACAUAUUCCAUAAGCUAAGGCAAGCUUAUCAGUAUCAUUCAUCUCCCAAGACUGCAGAAUUUUUCCUCUUACUUUUCACACUCUGCAAGACGAAAAGAUUCUUUCCGGCUUUCCGUAAAGAAGAAAAUCUUUCCCAAAAAGGAGAUGAAAAAAAAAGAACUACUUGUAUCCUCAUUAAUCAUAAUGAUUUAGUGAAUUUUCACCACACUAAAUCCACAAUCCAUCCCAGUCAGUCUUCAUUUCAAAUCUGCAUCUGGACUUAAUAAAUUGCUCUCAUCGUCCCAUUGCCAACUAUUUCUGUUUUGUUGGGUGAAAUAAAACGGAACAAAAAACGUGAUAAAAGACACCACAAAGGAGGCACAAGACAGAAGAGUAAUAAUUUUUAUAUAUAAAAUGUGUAAAAAUAAGGAAAAUUGAUGAAGAUAUUGCGAGGGUGUGAAUUUUUGUGUUCUACCAUUGUACAGUGUAGUUCAAAUUAAGUGUUUCACAAAAUUUAAAUGUUUAAAAUUGAAAAAAGAAAUAGUUUUUUUUUGCAAUUAAAAAGUUUAUAUUAUACAUUGGACUUAGAGUUUCCAUGCUUUUCUAUUGUUUGGUUUCCAUGAUUUGCGAAAAUGCGCCAGUAAUAUAGGCAAAUUAUUUUUCGCUGUUUUUUUAUACUUAAGGGACAACAACUCUGAUUAUAUUGAAGUUACUUAAUUCUUUAUAAGGAGAAACUUAAAGACCUUUAAAUGGUCUACAAUUUUACAUAACUAUUGAACUUCUAAAAUACAACACCAGAGGCGCUGUAGUCUCAAGUAGAUCAGAAAACAUGGAAAAAUUGCAUUUUUAAGCAACUUUAAACAAAAAUAUCUUAUAUACCGAAUUUUAUUAGAUACAUUUCACGUAUAUAACUGUGUCACAUAUUUUCAAGGCAUGGAAAAUAUGUGACUGCCCCAAAAGAAAGACAGUGAAAAUAAAAUGUGUGAAUUUCAUGUAACCAAGUCUUUCACUUUCUUUACAAAAAUGCAUUUUCUUGAGUUCUUUUAAAAACUACUUUACAGCCUUUCAAAAGAAUUUUCAUGCUGGUCAGUUAGACAAUUUGUCUGUAUUAUUAUUAUUAUUAUUAUUAUUAUUUUGAAAAACUUUGCUUAUGGCCCUUAAAUCGUUUUAGUAAAAUUGAUAUGCAUAAUUAUUAGUAGAUUCUCAGUGUAGACAAAACUUAAAAGAACCUUAAACUUUAAAUCUAUUAAAUUCGUAAGACACUUAAUUUGAAAAACAAUGUAUAUUUAAAAAAAAUCUUCGUUAAACCAUUCGAUGCAUUUUGGCACAAGAGGAAUUUACUAAAUGAGAAGACAGAUAAACUUAAAAGAAAACUAUUAAGGAUCACUUGUAAAGAAAACUCCUAAUAAAAAAAACAUGUUAAGGAAAAUUUAUAAAAAAAAAUGUAAAUAUAGUAAACAUGUUAAAGUGAACUACUAAUGAGAUACUAAAAGAAAAUAUUAUCUGAUAAAUGAAAAGAAAAAUUUAUAUUAUGAAAUAAUCAACAAUAGGAUUACACGAUAGUUAGUCAAUAAUGAUUUAUAAAAUAAAUGAAAUGAAAGUUUAUGAUAGAGAAAGAACACUAUUAUCUAAGUUACUAAGGAAAAUACUUACAUAUAGUUAAGCAAAAAAAUAUUGUGUGACUUGCAUAUUAGUGGGUAAAGGAAACAACAUCUAGUAAGAUAAAAGAAAAUUAGAUACCUUUAAGGGACAUUGAAAAUCAAAUUAAGGUAUAACAAGUUGUUUUUUUUUUGGAAGAAAAGAAAAUCUAAAAUAGAAUUAAAUCAAAUUUUAAGUGUAAAGUCAACGUUAAAUAGGACACUCUUAUAUGUAGAUCGUAAGACGUAUUCAAAUGGGGUAUAAUGUUAGAAAUAAAAAAAAAUAACAUAAAACAUGAAAAAUUUACCAAAAUCCAAAAAUAGGAAAUUUUAUAUAAGUGUUUCACUCUGUAAAUAAUGAAACAAUUUAUAUAUGAGCAAGAAAUAUUCAUUCUGUUGUUGAGAAAAUGUGGAUUAGAAGAAAAAAUGUGAAAGAAAAAGCAAGAAUCAGCAAACAACACCACUGUUAAAGAAAUACGUAUUGAGGUUAAAGCUUUAUAAAUUAAAAAAAAGGAAAAAUUUUGUAAGAAAAUUUAAAAGAAAAAACAGAAAAGAAUCCAAGGGGUGUAGCACAAAACUUUGUCGAGAAAGUGCAUCAUUUGUCGACAAAGUUGUAGUUGUUACAACUUUUGCCAUGAACAUCAUUUUAUGGUUUGAUAAAUUAUUUCAAAUCUUUGACACAAUUUUCCUAUGGGGAAUUUUCUGGCAAGAUUUGUCAUUAAAAUUGCACUUUAAUGACAUUUUUUCCCAUGUAUCAUAAUUUACAAUAAAUCUCUUUGCUCACAUUGCCCUUAUACCGAAACAAAAGAAAGAAAACAGACCAAAAACUAAAAACACAUCCUAAAUCAACAGAAAUAUUUAGGAAAAAAAAUUUAAAUAGAAAAAAAAACUAGUUGUUUGAAAGAAAAUUGUUAUAGUAGGAAAGACUUUCUAACUCAAGUAAAAGCAAUAAAAACCCUUCAUUUUUGUCCUCAAAUCAAAUGGUUGUUCAAAAUGAAGAGUUUUUGUCAGGUAUUGUCAAGAAAAUGGAAUUGAAUGUGCCAAAACUCGCUAAAAGAUACCAAUAAAUCAAUUGCUAAAUCAAGAAUCCUACCAAUAAAACCAUAAAUUGAAGUAAUAAGAUCAAAUUAUUGAAUCAAACGUAUCGAUUGUGAGAUAGUACAUAACAUUCAGAUGGAGAUCAAGAAACACUUGUAAAUAAAAAAAGAAA